AUGCAUUUAAGAUCUAUAAAAAAAAUUGAUCAGGAUCCUCAUUUUAAUAAUAGUUGUCUAGAAAUGAGUAUUUUCAAAAGCUUAAUAAAAAAAUCAACAGGUCUAAGUAGUGAGAAAUUAAUUGGGUCAAUUUGGGAUGAAAGGGGAAUAAGACUUCCACUCAUUUCAAUUUUUUUAUCAUUUCUUUUCCCACCAAUUGGUUGCAUAACAUUCUUAGUAAUGUCAAGAGCUCCGAAAUCAAGUACAAAGUACAGAAUAUCAGUUAUAGCCUUAUAUCUGGGGUCAUUCCUUUCCGUAGUUUAUACGUUUCUAAUAGCAAUGUUUUUACUAUCAAUUACUGGCCCUAAAAGAGCUUCUUAUGUACACACUGGAGUUGCAUACUAG